CAAAGUUGCGUACCGCUGCUUGUCGCCAAGCGCCAAACACGUGGCGUCAUAAACAUAACCCGACAUAACCUGCAAGUGAGCAGUGAGCAUAUCACCUAGUUGAACGCGCUAUUCGAGACGAAAAAUUUUGAAUAAUUUGAUAACAAUCGACAAAGUUAAAUUAUAAUCUUAAACGACAAAAAUGUUGCGAAGGCAGGCACGAUUGCGUAGAGAGUAUCUCUACAGAAAAUCCGUACAAGAUAAGGUGAAAGGUAUUCAAGAGAAGAAGGACAAGCUGAAGCAUAGCUUGGAGGAGAAUGUACCGAUUCACCCGGAUCUGAGAAAAAAUGCGUUACACGUGCAGAAAAAGAUCGAAUGGGAGGAUGCCGGGCCUCAGAUGGCAAUGGCCAUGGGUACGGAAAUGGGCGGCGGUGCCGUGGCCGACCACGAGGACGACGAGUAUCGAUGGGCCGGCGUGGAAGACCCGAAGAUCGUCAUCACGACGUCCCGCGACCCGAGCUCCCGGCUGAAGAUGUUCGCUAAAGAGCUGCGUUUGAUAUUUCCCAAUUCGCAGCGAAUGAAUCGCGGUAAUUACGAGAUGAAACAAUUGAUCCGCGCUUGUCGCGCCAACGACGUCACGGACUUUAUCAUAGUGCACGAGCACCGAGGCAUUCCCGACAGUCUGGUGAUAUCCCAUCUGCCUAAUGGACCAACAGCCUAUUUUACACUGUCUGGUGUUAUAAUGCGACAUGAUAUACCUGAUAUUGGUACAAUGUCAGAGCAAUAUCCACAUCUGAUAUUCCACAAUUUUAAAACAAAACUAGGGCGAGUAAUGAACAUUCUGAGGUAUUUGUUUCCUGUACCGAAGGAAGAUAGCAAGAGAGUGAUCAGUUUCGCUAAUCAUGAUGAUUAUAUAUGUUUUCGACAUCAUACAUAUAAAAAGGUACAUGGAAAAGAUAUUGAAAUGACAGAAGUUGGACCACGCUUUCAGAUGAAACUAUAUGAGAUCAAAUUGGGAACCUUAGACACUGAAUCAUCGGCUGACACAGAAUGGACUUUGAGGCCCUAUAUGAAUACAAGUCAUAAAAGAAGAUUUUUAUCCGACGAAGAUGGUUGGGAACAAGAAGAUAGUAUUUAGAUUAAUUUUAUUAAUUUAAGCAAUUAUUUAGUUUUGACAGAUUUUAACAAAGCUAUAAUAAUAUUUUUA